AUGUCCCUCGACAAGACUGAAGAACAGGAAUCUAUAUUUAAAAAUAUAAGGAUUCAAAUAUUAAGGCAUGUAAUCGAUCUCACUCUGUACAUUAUCUAUCUAUCUAUCUAUCUAUCUAUCUAUCUAUCUAUCUAUCUAUCUAUCUAUCUAUCUAUAAGUAUGUAUCUAUCUUAUUUGUUCAUAUCUAUCUAUCUAUCUAUCUAUCUAUCUAUCUAUCUAUCUAUCUAUCUCAGGUUGUUCAUUAUCUAUCUAUCUAUCUAUCUAUCUAUCUAUCUAUCUAUCUAUCUAUCCACACACAUACACAGAGACAGACAGACAUGCACAAAAGGAAUUAAUGCAUGCAUUUUUAAUCUGUCAUAUCUAUCUAUCUAUCUAUCUAUCUAUCUAUCUAUCUAUCUAUCUAUCUAUCUAUCUAUCUUAUCUGUUCAUAUCUAUCUAUCUAUCUAUCUAUCUAUCUAUCUAUCUAUCUAUCUUAGUUUGUUCAUAUCUAUCUUAGUAUGUUCAGAUCUAUCUAUCUUAUCUGUUCUAUCUAUCUAUCUAUCUAUCUAUCUAUCUAUCUAUCUAUCUAUCUAUCUAUCUAUCUAUCUUAGGCUAUUUAUAUCUAUCCAUUUAUCUAUAUUAGUCUGUUCAUAUCUAUCUAUCUAUCUAUCUAUCUUAUCUGUUCAUAUCUAUCUAUCUAUCUAUCUAUCUAUCUAUCUAUCUAUCUAUCUAUCUAUCUAUCAGUUUGUCUGUUUGUCUAUGCUGGGGUUCUGUAAAAGUUCUUUUACCCAAACCUCUUUACAGCAAACCUCUUAA